AUGGAAUCGUUACGUUUAUUACCAUCAGUUCCGUCGAUUAGUCGCCUAGCACAAGAAGAUCUUACAUACAACGGUCACAAAAUUCUUGCUGGUCAAACAUGUUUUAUUUUCAUAAAAGACGUUCAUCUUGAUCCAAAAUAUUUUCCUGAACCAAAUAAAUUUGAUCCUGACAGAUUUCUUUCAGAAAAUAGGUCCCGGCAUUCUCAUCCUUAUGCUUUUAUUCCAUUUAGUGCUGGUUCGAGAAACUGCAUUGGUAAGUUAUAAGCACGUGAUAAAAAACUACAGUCCUUUGGCAUUAAAUAAAUUCAGGGUGAAAAUUUUUAAUUUUUUCAACCUUGUAGAAUAGCUUUUAAAACCUCGUUCUAGACUUAGAAGAAGCAAAAUUUUAUCUAGUAUUUAAUCGUCACUUAGAUACCAAAAGAUUCACCUUCCCAAGCUCAACAAAAUCCUAUGAAUGAGAUGACAUUACAAACUAGAGUCAACUUAACUCUAGUUUUCUAUGAAAAACAAAAAAUUUGAAAAACAAAGCACACUUAUUUUUUGUAUAAGAUUUAAAACAUAACAGUCCGGUUACAAGUAUUUUUUUUAUAGACCAGAAAUAUCAGAUACUUAUUAAAAUACUAAUUAACAAAUACUCUUGUGUCAAACUACACUCAUUUAACCACUAACAAAAAAACUUUAUAAACAAGCAAACAUUUAAAAAAUGCCGCAAGUUUGUUCAACUAGGAGCG